UUUCUUUCUAGAGUCUCUACAUAACAUUUCUUAUUGAAGAAUAUUGUAGGAAAGACAUCAAUGAUGUUACGUUUACUAUUAAUCCUUGCGGUAACCAGUCUGAUACAAGCAGCCCCGAACGAGAGAUUUGUCGAGGAGACGAGUCCCUCAAACGUAUAUAGAGUUGUGGAAGGCCCUUUAACUUGGAAUGAUGCUAAAGCCAAAUGUGAAGCUAUGGAUUGUAAACUAGCACAACCCAAAUCUGUGCAAGCAAACGAUGCUUUAAAGGCACUACUUGUCAAAGGUUAUUAUUGGCUUGGGAUAACCGAUCUGAACCACGAAGGGCGAUUCACUUACUACACAGACGAUCAAGACAUUGUAUACGAUAAUUGGAAUGCAGGAGUACCAAACAAUGGAAAUGGAACCGAGCACUGUGCUAAUGUAAUACUGCACUCGACUUUCAAUUAUUCAACAUGGUUCACCAGUAACUGUAGCGAAGUAAACGAAGGUGGAAUCUGCGAGUGUCGUACUAGUGGUGCAAGUGGUGAUCCUCAUAUGAGGACAUUCGAUGGGCGUGCAUAUACAUUCCAAGGCAUAUGUUGGUACACUCUGUUCAAGGACUGCACCGACAAGUCUCGUUUUGAUGUUACAAUCAUGUUUGAACCAAGAGAAGAUAGUACACCAGACCAAGUCAGAACACGAACGAUCGCAUUCAACGUAACUGUUGGAAAUCAAUACGCAAUCGUUAAUGGACUUGAUGUAACUACUGGAAGUACGGGUGGAAAGAUGACUGACGCAAAAGUUAUAACAAUCCAGCAAGAAGAUAAGAAUAUUAAACUGCACUUCACUUCAAAAAACACGACAUUCUCUUUUAAUUGGACUCUGAGAUUGCAUGCAUUGGAUGUAUCCUACAAUGGCUCGUUUUACAAAGGAAAAUUAUGCGGUCUGAUGGGUAAUGCAGAUGGUGAUACUCGCAAUGACUUUCAGAAUCCAGAUCGUAGCAUUGCCAAAGACGUUCUCGAAUUUGGUGAAAGCUGGAAAGUGAAUGACAAAAAGUGUUUCUAGGAAUUCUACAACUGACAAAAGGACAAUGGUUUUUAGAAAUCUAUAUUUUUCUGGUGAUGGCUAUAUAUGAAAUACACAACAAUUCUGAUAUUGCGAUUUGAAAUUUUACAGCAUGAGUAUAACCAAUGACACUAUCAACUCUUCGGGAAAUUAGUGGAUAUGUAAAAAAUGUAACAAGGUUAGUUAAUAAAAAGAUGUGGUAAAGCA